AUGGCAAGGAACUUCAAGAGCACCACCGGCCGAACAUUCGCCUUGGUGGACUCGGGGCUCAACUCGCCUCGCGACCUGGCCUUCGACGGCGAGCGAGGGGCGCUGUACGUCGCAGACAGUGGCGCGAAGAAAAUCUACAGAUACCAUGUGUAUGUGAAAGACAACGGCGCAUCGCUGGGCCUGAUCACCGACGGCGUGCAGCUGUGCAUCAUGCAGAACGCCGACGUUUCCUGGGUCAACGUCGAUCUCAAUGGCGAUGUUUUCUAUUCGGAUGCGACCGCCAAGACCAUCAACAGGAUACCGGUGGACGUCAUCGACAUGCUGAGCAAAGGGCAGUAUUCAUCCAGUGAUCUUGUCUUGCUCUCGGAGAAGUCCCUCGAGUCAGGUGGCGGAGCUGCUCCCGAAUCGGGGUCCCACUUCGUCUACUCCGUCUACCAAGGCAGCGUGAACCCCCAUGUAUCUACACCGGGCGGGCUCGUGUCAGAUGGUGCCAGGAUCUACUGGACCAACCAGGCGGAGGGUAAGACAGCCGGCAGCAUCGUCGAGGGAGAGGUGGCACCAAAGCUGCCGAAGGCGAAGGCAGGCGAGCCGGCGGCGACGGCCUUCCCCUCCCGGGUCCUCACGAACGAGACAGAUGCCGGCUAUGGCGUGACCAAGUCGAACAAGUACAUGUUCUACGCAGCGGACAAGAACGGCAUCGGGGUGGUCAGUGGAGUCACCGAAGGUGGCGCCACUUUCGACUUCAUCAGCGGGCUUGCUGCCCCACGCGGCCUUACAUGGGACGGUGACCAGACUAUCUUCGUAGCUGAUGAGGCCGCUGGCGUCGUCUACUCCUUCCCUGGCGGCCGAUUGAUGUCCGGAGCCCCCUUCACAAAGAGCGCCGUGCUGCAUGGCGCCUUCGGUAUCUGGGCCGAACACCUUGCGGUACCUUUCGCUUCCACCCUUUAG